GGAAGAGAGCAAAAGAAAGGAAGGAAAGGAGAGAAGGGGGCUAAAGGAAGACAGGAUGGCAGAGCAGAGCUGAAUCACAGAGUAGCCUGGAGAGCUUGAAGAAGGCAGCCGAGGGCCAGGAGAAGAUGGAGGCUGAGGCGGUUCCGGACAACCCAGACAAGCCUCCUUCGCCGGACAAGUCUCCAUCCAAGCCUCCGUCCCAAUCCACCAUUACCGACACCGGCACCGUGGCAGCCACCACCCCUACUGCCGAUGCCUCCUCCCCARCCAAGGCAGCGGGCGGCAAGAUCGAGCUGAAGCGCAGCAUCACGCUCUUCAACGGCGUGGGCAUGAUCAUCGGCACCAUCAUCGGCUCGGGCAUCUUCAUCACGCCCACAGGGGUGGUAAAGGAGGCUGGCUCGGCCGGUCUGUCGCUGGUGGUGUGGGCCGUGUGCGGUGUGGUGUCCACCAUGGGCGCCCUGUGCUACGCUGAGCUGGGCACCACCAUCACGAAGUCGGGUGGAGACUACACCUACAUCCUGGAGGUGUACGGCGAGCUGGCUGCCUUCCUCAAGCUGUGGGUGGAGAUGCUGAUCAUCAGGCCAUCCUCCCAGUACGUGGUGUCGCUGGUGUUCGCCACCUACCUGCUCAAGCCCCUCUACCCAAACUGCAGUGUGCCCGACAGUGCCGCCAAGCUCAUCGCUUGCCUCUGCCUCACAUCAUUGACCUUUGUGAACUGCAUCAGCGUGCGGGCUGCCACCAAGGUCCAGGACUUGUUCACUGCGUCAAAGCUCCUGGCCCUGAUCAUAAUCAUCAUUUUCGGUUUCAUUCAGAUCAGUACAGGUGAUGUGCCAUACCUGACACCAGAACUGGCGUUUGAAGGCAGCAAAUGGGGAGUCGACAACAUUGUGUUGGCUCUAUACAGUGGACUCUUUGCUUUUGGUGGCUGGAAUUACCUGAAUUACGUGACAGAGGAAAUGAUCAAUCCAGAGAGAAACCUGCCACUGUCCAUCAUUAUCUCCAUGCCCAUUGUGACUGUGGUGUACGUACUGACCAAUCUGGCCUACUUCACCACUAUCCCCCCGAGUGUGAUGGUCGAGUCCGAGGCAGUAGCUGUGAUCUUUGGGGAGUAUCAUCUUGGUGUGAUGUCCUGGCUCAUCCCUGUCUUUGUGGGGCUGUCCUGCUUCGGAGCGGUCAACGGAAGCCUGUUCACCUCGGCACGACUGUUUUAUGCUGGCGCUCGAGAGGGUCAGCUCCCUGCUGCACUGGGAUUGGUCCACACUGACCUCUUCACUCCAGUGCCCUCCCUCAUUUUCACGUGUUUCCUGUCCAUGCUGUAUGCCUUGUCCAAGGACAUCUUCUCGGUCAUCAACCUGUUCAGCUUCUUCACCUGGCUGUGUGUGGGCAUGGCCAUCGCCGGCUUGCUGUGGCUCCGCUGGACCAAGCCAGAGCUCAGGAGACCCAUCAAGAUUUGGUUGGUGGUCCCUGUGGUGUUUGUGCUGGGCUGUGUCUUUAUGAUCGUGGUGUCAUUCUGGGCAGCUCCCUUUGAGUGCCUGAUAGGCAGCGSGAUUAUCCUCACCGGUAUCCCCGCCUAUCUCCUGGGGUACAAGUGGAAGAAGCCCCACGUUGUAAAGAAGAUCCUAGAGAUCUUUACUCUGUUCUGCCAGAAGAUUUUUAUGUCUGUUCCAGAAGAGCGGGAAGAGAAGGAAUCAGCCGAAGUAGCUGAAGAAGUCGAAACAACAAAGGACGACUGAGUCAAUCUUUUAGUUGGAACAUUACGUGUUUACACUCAUUAUUGCUUUUGUGAUCAAGUUCCAUGACUCUUGGUAAAGUAGGGUUUAUACAUAUAGGGUUUAUAUGUAUGCUUCGGUGUACAUAUUUUGUAUUUUACAUGCAUUUUCAUACUGUAUCAUCCCUGUGUACUCUCUCCAGCAAUUCAAUUACAGUUAUUCCACUUUCCAGUUGUA